GGCCUCGCAGCGCUGUGCCUUCCAGCAGGCCCGGGAGAUGGUGCCGAGCUGUGUGGAUGCAUCGCUUCCGCGUAGAUUGAGCCUGCUUCUAUGUAUUCUGUUUCUGUAUGCUGGCAGUGUGUGUGCACUGUGUUGUUUCAUACCGGAGCAGCUUCCGUGACAAAGGAAGUGACAGACCUGAGCUCGUUACCUGUAAUUCUGCCCUCAUUCUCCCGUCCUUGCCUGUGCUUCUGGCUCUGCGUGCAAUUAGGAGGCCAGGUGUCACAGGAGAACUUCACUCUUUCGUUACAAGAAUUAAGUGGCACCCAGAAACGGCAGCGAACUUCCGACCUUCUGCUGGGUGGAUGACAGCAUCAUUUACAAUGUCUCUUCCAUCCUGGCGACUCAGCAAACCCUUAGCGUUCCCAGGCUGCCGGGGCCGUUCCGUGUUAAUGGCUGACGUUUGAUAUGUGCCCUGUAAGUCCUGCACUGGGACUCGGUGACCGGUGGGGUGCCUGAUGCCUGUAAUCCCCAUCCCCCGCCGGGUCCGUUCGUUCCACGGCCCCCACACGACCUGCCUGCACUCAGCCUGCGGCCCGGUGCGAACCACGCACCUGGUGCGUACCAAGUACAACAACUUUGACAUCUAUCUCAAAUCCCGAUGGAUGUACGGAUUCAUUCGUUUCCUGCUGUACUUCAGCUGCAGCCUGUUUACCUCCAUCCUCUGGGUGGCACUCUCUAUCUUGUUUUGCCUUCAGUACCUUGGCAUCCGGAUCUUUCUGCGUUUCCAGUACAAACUCUCCAUCAUCCUCCUCUUACUGGGGCGAAGGCGAGUGGACUUCAGCCUCAUGAAUGAACUGCUCAUCUAUGGAAUUCAUGUGACCAUGCUGCUAGUGGGGGGGCUGGGAUGGUGCUUCAUGGUAUUUGUGGAUAUGUAAAUAAAAAUAAGCGCAUGUGGGCUAAGAAGGUGACUUUUCUUCCAUCCCCGAAUUUGUCAAUAUUCCCUUUUCUUUUUUUAUAUAUAAAUUAAUUUAUUUAUCAGUGCUACUUCUUAUUGAUAAAUUAAUGUACUUGUCUCUGGAAUUUGUAUUAUUUUUUUUGUAAGGGUUAAGGUGCCAUCUUAAUGAUCAAAGUGCAACACUUGAUUGGGUGUUCAUUCUUUGCAUAGUGCAAGUUAAUAUCCAUUUCUUUUAGUGCAUAGGAGCCUGCCUUGCUGCUGUUCCUGUAUUCCUGUAGGCAUGGAAAAGGCAGUGCAUUUUCUGGAGCACAGAAUCUAGAAAAUCUCGUGCCCCACACUCUGAGAAAAAAGUCCUUACCCUUUUUCUGAAAACAUUCCUUCGUAUCUCGGGCAUGUAAUAUGUAUUCUACCACACCAGUGCUGUCCUUUCUCUAUGUAGUUUGCAUUUUGCGUAUUCCCAACUAAGAAUAUGGGGCCAAAUUCAA